CCCUGCCCGUCCUGCGGGAAGGGAUGAAGGCCCGGGUGCUCUCAGAAGGGACUCGCCACUCUCCGCAUGCUCCUCUUCCUCCCGUGGGCAGGAAUGAUUUCCUCCUGGUGUUUCUCCCUUUAGGCUGAAGACCCACCAUGCCCAGCAGCCCGUGAGGAAGAGGAGGAGGUGGUCCGUGUGCUGACUCUGCCUCUGCAGGCUCACCACGCCAUGGAGAAGAUGGAAGAGUUUGUGUAUAAGGUGUGGGAAGGACGCUGGCGCGUGAUCCCCUACGACGUGCUGCCCGACUGGCUGAAGGACAACGAUUACCUCCUGCACGGACACAGGCCUCCCAUGCCGUCCUUCCGAGCCUGCUUCAAGAGCAUCUUCCGAAUACACACCGAGACGGGCAACAUCUGGACACACUUGCUAGGUUUUGUCUUGUUCCUCUGCCUGGGGAUCCUGACCAUGCUGCGGCCCAACAUGUAUUUCAUGGCUCCUCUCCAGGAGAAGGUGGUGUUCGGGAUGUUCUUCCUGGGAGCGGUGCUGUGCCUCAGCUUCUCCUGGCUUUUCCACACUGUCUACUGUCACUCAGAGAAGGUCUCGCGGACUUUUUCAAAGUUGGAUUAUUCAGGAAUUGCACUGCUGAUCAUGGGGAGCUUUGUCCCAUGGCUCUACUACUCGUUCUACUGCUCCCCACAGCCGAGACUCAUCUACCUCUCCAUCGUCUGUGUCCUGGGCAUCUCUGCCAUCAUCGUGGCUCAGUGGGACCGGUUUGCCACCCCCAAGCACAGGCAGACAAGAGCAGGCGUCUUUCUGGGGCUGGGGCUGAGCGGCGUGGUGCCCACCAUGCACUUCACCAUCGCCGAAGGGUUCGUGAAAGCCACCACCGUCGGCCAGAUGGGCUGGUUCUUCCUCAUGGCCGUGAUGUACAUCACGGGCGCGGGGCUGUACGCCGCCCGCAUACCUGAGCGCUUCUUCCCGGGCAAGUUCGACAUCUGGUUUCAGUCACAUCAGAUCUUCCACGUGCUCGUGGUGGCUGCGGCCUUCGUCCACUUCUACGGGGUGUCGAACCUGCAGGAGUUUCGCUACGGACUCGAAGGGGGGUGCACAGACGACUCUCUCCUCUGAGGGCGCCUGAUUUUAGUACAAGCUUCCUAAGUGCUUUUUAAACUCUGUCUUUGCUAAAAUCAAAGGAAGACUCAAAACUGUUUGGGGUUGUUGGUUGUUUGCUUUGUUUUUUGGAAAAAUUCUUUAGUGAAGUUGUCGACCAAAUCCUCACCCCCUUUCCCCCGGCGGUUCGCUGGGGCUGAGGGGAGGCGAGGCGGGCCCCGGCAGCCAGCCCUGCCGCGCUCUCGCCUCCUCCAGACAGUGUUUUAGCUGCAUCGGGGUUGUCCGACCUGCCCAGGCAUGCUGAUUUCCGAAAGCAAAGGGUGCGGGUACCCCGCUCCCGGCACAGCCGAGCACCCCCUUCCCGAGCUCACCCCGGAGCGAGCAGAGUCACGCACUACCAGGCCCAGGGCCAGAGAUUUUUUUUGCAUAUCCCUCGCAGCAGCCGCCUUGCUGGGGGCAGCUCUGCGGCCCCCACUGCUGCUGCCCAGGGCACGGGCACAGAUUCACGUAACUUAAGUUUUAAUUGUCUUUUUGUUCGUUUGUUUGUUUGUUUUCCUUGACAAAGUAAUGUAAACAUAAAUGAGAGAAUAUUUAAUAUUUAAUACUAAGCUUUAAGAAGACUUGCUGCCACCGCAGUGUACUCGGCUCCCUCGCUGUCUGUGGUAGUGAAGGAAGGACAGUGUGUUAGGGGAAUGUAGAGCUGCUGUAGAUGAUUGAAAUAAAAAGGUCAAUAGUUCCGUGUCG